AUGACUGACGAUGAGCCCUCCCUCAAUAUACCGUCACUCCUUACGCUCGCGGUUGUAUCAUAUUUCGUGCUGAGAUGGUUUCUCAACCGCGAUGAUAAUCCAGCCGGAGGUGGCCGGGGUCGGGGUCGUGGCAAUGUCGUCGACCCAGCGUCAGUUGCUCAGAUCGCGCAGAUGUUCCCUCAAAUGAACACUCGUGAUAUAAUGUGGGAUUUGCAGCGCAAUGGAGGAAGUGUGCCAGCAACUACUGAAAGAAUAUUGACGGGACGGGGCUUGGAAACUCCUCCUCCUUCGUUCCAGCCACAGGUCGCAAUUCCCCCAACCAACAUCCCACCAGCUCAGACCGCAUCUUCUGCAUCGGCUACCAAGCCGGAUGGCCAGGACUUGAUCUCUCGAUACAAUCUUAGUGCCAAAGCUGCCAGUCCUCCUGCGGAAGUACAGUCAGAAGUUCCAUCGAGAACACCAUGGUCUCAAAAUAAGGAGGAGCGUCAACGGCUCUUGCAAAAACGCCGAGAUGACAUGAUUCUGGCGGCGCGGAGGAAGAUGAUGCAGAAGGACCAAGGCAAUGCCCAAUGA